CCGAGGGGCCUCCUGCUGGAGAGCGCCCGGGCACGCCGGCACGGCACGCGCCCGCGGUUAUUGUCGGCCUCCGUGGCGCGCCAGGCCGGCGGCCGCCCCUCGCCGUUGCCCCUCGCGCUCCGCCUGCAGGGGCGCUGCCGCGGCCAGCAGGACGCGGCCGAGGCUGGUGUGCCACCGGCGGCGCUGGCGGAGGCGGGGGGCCAGCGCCCGGAACUGGCGCCGGAGCCGGCGCUGGAGGUGGCGCCGCCGGCUCCCCUGGCGCCGACGCCGCCCACCUCGCCGCCGGCGUCGCCCAAGCUGCUGGCGAGGGCCCUGACGCUGGUGGACCGCAGCCCCUUGCACCAGCGGGCAGAACCGUGGGACGAGGCGGGCAGGCUGUACAGGCUGUAGGGCGCGGCUUCGCCGCGGCAGCGGGUGCGAGCUGUGCGGGGGGCACCCUGGCUUUUUUUUGUUGCGGAGAAGGAGCCGGAGGCGUAGGAGUCGGAGGCCGGGCGGCGCCGGAGGCGCCGCCAGGGAGCCCCAGCGCCGAUCCCCGAGGAAUCCGCGCGGACCUCCGAUCUUUGUAUGUGUUUUUUCAUGGCUUAUUUCUUU